AUGGAGCUGGUCCCAUUUACUUCGAAAAAGGGAGACGUGUUUGCGAUGUUCCUUCUGAUUAUUGCUCGAAGAACCCCAUUCUUCUUCGUGGCUGCAGUCACUGGCAUUCCAUGUGAUAAUGAUGAUAAUAUUGAUGGCGAUGAUAAUGUUGAAAAUAGCAAUGAUAAUGUUCUUGAUGAUUAUGAUGACGAUAAUAAUAAUAAUGAGGAAAAUAAUGUUGAGAUAAAUGAUAAUUAUGAUGACGAUGAUAAUAAUAAUGAGGAAAAAAAUGUUGAGAUAAAUCAUGAUGAUAAAGAUUGUUGUGAAAAUGAUGAUAAUGAUGAUAAAAAUAUUGAUGAUGAUAAUGAUGGAACUAGCGAUGAUGAUAAUAUUCAUAAUGAUGAUUAUGGUGUAAAUGAAAAUAAGAAUAAUUCAGGUGAUGAUGACAAUGAUAAUCGUAAUGAUGAUAAUGACAGAAAUAUCAAUGAAGAUAAGUCAUAA